AUGUUCUCGUGCUGCGGCCAGCGACAGAAAAAGAAUGCAACUGCGAAAGAUGCGCAAUUGAGCCCGAACACAAAAGAACCUGCUACGAACUUCAAUCGAGACGAAAUAAACCCGAAUACAGACGAGUCGUCGAAUGGUAAACAGAAAUCUAUAUCAACCGGCGAAAGAGAUGCGCAUGAAGGUGGAGCAGCAGACAACACGGUCCCCGAAACGUUUGAGCCGCUGUCCGAAGAAUUCGAUUUGAAUAGCAGCAUAUUCAUGCCUGAUCCUUCGAAGAGGAAGCCUUCGGCUUUCGAGCUGGCGAGUGCGUCGUAUGCGGAAGCUACCGAUUUUGAUGCGAAUAAAGAACAAUUGCCGUCUAUGACUGAGCAUGAAGAGGAGGAAGAGGAGGAAGAGGUGGGAGAGCAUCAUAUACCGGAUGUGCGGGGUAAAGUUGGGGAUGAGAAUGUGCAUGCUACGUGA